GCCUCAAUCGGCGCCUCUUGUGUCUUCCUUGCUAGGGUUUAUAAGGCUCGGUGAGGCGGCGGGCGACCGAGCGAGCGAGAUGUCGAAGAAGAACAACUUGGCUAAGCGGAAAAAGCAACACGAAUUCGACCUUCAACGAGAAAAGGAGGAGAAGGAGAAGAAGGCGAAGAAACUGCAAGCCAAGAAGUCCAAGAUGAAGGUGGAUGGUAGUGACAUGAAAAAUAAGAAAUCUCGAGGUGUAUUCCAUGUCGGGAGGAAAAAGGUGAAAACCAAGUUGUCAAAAUUGACCAAGGCUAAAGCAGCUCAAGCAAUGGAACUUGACAAGUAGCCACUGGUAUCGGUAGCUUUUUGAAACAUAUUUUUUGUUUUCGGUCAUAGCGCUGUCACAAAGCCAUUUAACCUUAGAUGAUGUGAUGCGACUCACCCUGGUGCUAAUUUUCUUGUCAAUCUGCGGCAGUGGAUUUGAGUUGGCAUACCUUGUCUUGGUUGUGGAUUGCUUUUCGUUAACUGUAGCAUUUGAAUGGUGGUUGAUUGGCUUCCUAUUUGUAUGUUUAGCCUCAUCAGUUUUUCA